AUGGAGAGAAGUAAGGAAAGAGAUGGUGGUGAGGGGGUGGCAGAGCAAGAGCUGGGCAGUGGACCACGGGGCCUGAAGCUAAGGAGGGAGAUCGGCUUGUGGAGCGCUGUGUCCCUGAUUGCUGGCUGUAUGAUCGGCUCUGGCAUCUUCAUGACACCACAGCGGGUGUUGAUCUACAUGGGCAGCCCCGGGGCCAGUCUUGUGGUCUGGGCAACCUGUGGUUUCCUGGCCACGUUGGGUGCCCUUUGCUAUGCUGAGCUAGGUGCCCUGAUUCCUGAAUCCGGGGGGGACUACACCUACAUCUUGCGAACUUUUGGCUCCUUGCCAGGCUUCCUGGUCAUCUAUACGUCUGUGCUAGUUAGCAGACCAGCUACCAUUGCUGCUGUCUCUCUGAGCUUUGCUGAGUACACCGUGGCCCCAUUUUACCCGGGCUGUUCCUCACUACCCCAAGUUGUGGUUAAGGGAGUGGCUGCCACCGGUAUCCUGCUACUGAUGCUGCUCAACUGCUGGAGCGCACGGCUGGCCACCAUGCUGACAAACGUGUGCACAAUGGCCAAAGUGCUCUCACUGCUGAUCAUCGUGGUGGGUGGGUUCGUGGUGCUGGGCCAGGGCCAUGGCCGCACAGAAGCCCUUCUGCACGCCUUCCACAAUACAACGCAGCAGGCAGGGCACAUCAGCAUAGCCUUCUAUCAGGGCCUGUGGUCUUUUGACGGCUGGAAUAGCCUCAACUUUGUGAUGGAGGAGCUCAGGAAUCCACACCAGAACUUGGUGUGGGCAGUGAUGAUCGCCAUGCCCCUGGUCACCGGCCUAUACAUCCUGGUCAACAUCAGUUACCUGCUAGUGUUGUCACCCAGUGAAAUCCUCUCCUCUGAUGCGAUGGCUGUGAGCUGGGGGAACCGGGUUCUGGGGGCCUGGGCCUGGCUGGUGCCGGUGGCUGUUGUGCUCUCGACAUUCGGAUCCACAAAUGGGGUGUUCUUCAGCGGAAGCCGCGUGUGCUAUGUGUCUGGAAGAGAGGGCCACAUGCCCCAACUUCUGUCUAUGGUUCACGUGCAUCGCCUCACACCAGCUCCGGCGCUGAUGCUCACUGCUGCAGUGGCUUUGGUCCUGAUCAUCCCAGGAAACUUCAGCACCAUCGUGAACUUCUUGAGCCUCAUAACCUGGCUCAACUAUGGAACAACCAUUAGCUGCCUCCUAUACUUGCGAAUGAAGGAGAAGAAUCUUCCCAGACCUUACAAGAUUCCCACAUUCAUCCCUGUCAUCAUGCUCCUGGUUUCUGUCUACCUGGUGCUGGUGCCCAUCGUCGACAAUCCCCAGAUGGAGUUCCUUUACAUCUUCCUGUUCCUGCUUAGCGGCUUCCCAGUGUAUUUCCUAUUUGUAUAUUUCCGGUGCCAGCCCAAGUGUUUGCAGAUGGCUACCCUGCAUUUCCAGCUACUCCUGGAAGUUGCUCCAACCACUAAAAAUGUUGACUAAAGGA